AUGGUAAACAUAAAUCAGUCCCUUUCAACUCAUACUCUGCCUACUGAUCGUCUUAUACUGGCUGAGUAUAAACCCAGCAAAAAGGAAAUCACCCGAUUGUUAAAAAACGUUUAUCAGACGAGAAAUUAUAUUUUAUUAGUUAAUGCAAACAAAAUGAGCUUAUUGCAUGACUUAAUCAUAGCUAAUGAUUUUACAACACUUCGUGACUUACUCAGAGCAGGAGUGAAUCCGAAUACUGCAGAUGAAAGAGGAAAAACACCUCUACACAUCGCCGUUUGCAAGAAGGAAGAAAAUAUACAAGAAUUUGAACACAAUUUGCAAGUUGUACGGGAAUUAAUUUAUUUUGGAGCCGAUGUGAAUCGUACGGACAACUUUGGAGAUACUCCUCUGCAUUUUGCCGUUUGUUUUAGGAAUUACAAAAUGAUGGAAAUACUUCUAAAAUGCAAUGCGGGAAUAGAUAUACAGAACAGACAAGGAAACACUGCAAUGCAUUAUGCCAUUGAUAACUGUAAGUUGUUACAUUGGGCAAUUCCUAACUAUAAAUGUCCUGGAGAUGGAAAACAUACCGAUUUGAAAGCAGUGAAAUUACUUAUGAACUAUCACGCUGAUAUCAACUUAUCCAACAGUUUAUCUGAAACUCCAUUGAUAUGCGCAGUGAAAGUACCGAACCUUCAAAUUGUCCAAGCAUUACUCGAAGGAGGGGCCCUCCAUUCGUUAAGUGAUUUCCGUGGAAAUGGACCAUUGCAUUAUUCUUUAGAUAGAACACAAAUACAUACGAAAAUUGUGAAUGAACUGCUCAGAUAUGGAAGUAAUCAUGCAUCCAAAAAUAAGCGUUCACAAAGUCCUGUAGAUGUGUAUCUAAAAAGACUUCACAAUGCAUCACCAACAGAACAAGAAAAAGCAGGAUACUUAUUCAAACUUUUUGUGUUUCGGAAAAAUAAUUUUAACAUUACACAAUGUAAGAAAAUAGCAGACAUAACCAGAAAAACGAAAAGUCUUCUGCUCCAAUUCUUUUGGCAUUGCCGCUAUGAAUAUACACGUUUUAAACAGGGGAAACUAUAA